AUGGAGUCCACCAAGAAAUUGGCCGCCCUUCUCUGCUCCCUCGCUUCCCAACUCCUCGCCCUCCUUCUCCUCCUCUUCCCUUCUUCCUCUCCCCAUGAAUCCGCCAAUCCCUCCGCUGCAUCCGCCGCCGCCUCCUCUUUCCUCCCUCUCAUCCACCAUUUCCUCUCCUCCCAAGAGAUCGCCGCCUUCCUCACCGCCUCCUCCAGGAAACGGAAGCGAACCCAAUUGCCCGACAUCGAUUCCCAUCCGGCCCGCGAUCGCCGAGUCAGCGAGCUGGACCGAGUCGCCGCCGUUGGUACCCGCGGCGUCGACUCGUUCAGGUCCGCCUUCAAGAUGAGCUCCUCCACCUUCGAGUGGCUGUGCGGGCUUCUCGAGCCGCUCCUUGAAUGCCGCGACCCGAUUGAUUCCCCGCUCAACCUCUCCCCGGAGCUCCGCCUCGGAAUCGGGAUGUUCCGCCUCGCAACCGGGUCGGGCUACGCCGAAAUCGCCAACCGGUUCGGGGUCACAGAGUCGGCGGCCCGGUUCUGCUCCAAACAGCUGUCUCGAGUCUUAUGCACCAAUUUCCGGUUCUGGGUCGGAUUCCCUCCUCCAGAAGAGCUCAAUUCCGUGUCAAAAGAUUUCCUUUCUCUAACUGGGCUUCCCAAUUGCUGUGGGGUGAUAGCUUGUACCAGAUUCACCCUCGUUGGCCAUGAAACCCUGGCGGUUCAGCUUGUGGUUGACUCGAAUUCCAGGAUUCUGAGUAUAGUUGCAGGGUUUCGUGGCGACAAGAGCGACUCCCAGAUUCUAAAGUCCACGACUUUGUACAAAGAUAUCGAGGAAAGGAAGGCAUUGAAUUCGAGUCCAGUGAUUGUGGAAGGAGUGGCAGUGAAUCAGUACCUAGUUGGAGGCAGGGGAUACCCUUUACUUCCUUGGCUGUUUGUGCCAUUCGGUGAUGAUGAAGAUGAGUCUUUUGAGUCAAGAAGGGAGAAGGAGAUGUUCAACGCGACAGUCGAUUGGAUGCGAGUUUCUGCCGCUAGGGCCAUUGGGAGCUUGAGGAAAUGGGGGGUGUUGAGCAUGCCAAUUGGCGAAGACUUCAAGACAGCAGUUGGUUUCGUUGGUGCUUGCUCUAUUCUUCACAAUGUGUUGCUCAUGAGGGAAGGUGGUGGUGAUGUGGAUGAUUUUAUUGGUGGUGAUGAUGAUAAUGGUAAUGGUCAUUUGAUUGAGGAGCAUUGGGAUUUGUUUGGGAAGCAAGCUGCUGAUGCAAGGCUUGCAUUGGCUAAGAGGGUGGCACAGUUUAAGAAAUCAUAA